AUGGCGCCGAAAAAGGUGCCCGUUGAGGAACCUGUGGAGCCUGAAGAACCAGAGCUUGUCGAGGGUGAUGAGACUGAGCUUGAAACCGGCCUGAAACUGCCUUUAACCCCCAAUGAUGUGGGUCGUGUAUGGUCUUUGGAUUGUGCUGCUCAGUCAAAGCUGCUGACGGAGCUACUAGGCUUAGAAGCGGCCCAUCCUCCAGUUGCUCGAAGGGAGAUCAUUUGCGACUUUCACCUGUUCAACCUCAGCCAUUCCAAAAUGCAGUGCUUAACACAGAGGCAAGGGGCAGUAUUCCAUGCAAUCAUGGCAGCCAUCCUCGAUAAAAUGGCAGGGUGGGCAGAUGGAGCUUCACAGGGUGCAAGUGCAUCAGAGUGCUUCAAUGAGUUUCAACGACUUUUGCUGAUCCACUCUGUGAACGAUCCCCCAAGCCGUUUGCCGAUCUUUGGAGUCCAGGAGGCCCGGCGUUUGACUGAUUACACCUCUGGAACAUUGUUCAAGCACUUUCUGCUCUACCAAUUCUGUGCUCGAUCAGAGAGGGAUGUGGAAACACUGCGAUUCAGCGUUGAGGUGGAAAGGCCCAUACUGCCUCCCGCCUUGGCCAACGCGAGACAGAAACCAAGCAGAAGACCGCAGCAGACUCCAGAAAAUCAAGAUGACGGGACAGGGAUCAGCACCGAGGAGAAAACAGCCGGAGGUGCUGGUGAGGACCCAUCAGAAGAGAUCCAGCGGAUUGUGGAGGAGAAGCUUCGUAUGACUGAAGCGAGACUCGAGGCCAAAUUGGCCCAGAGAGAGCAGCAGUUUAUGGAGCGCAUUGCCAAGAAAGGCUGA